CACACAGUGGCGCUCGCGCUGUUUGUGAAUAGUACUUCCGGUGUAUUGUAGUGGUAAAGCUAGUGUACUUUUAAUAUUAUUUUAGGGGCCAUUUGGUGAAAAAAUAAAAAUAUAUUAAACUGCAUUGGCCCGCUCAGCGGUUCGCUUGAACAAGAAUCCGACAUGGAUAUCCCGAACCCGCCCGAGGAUCAAGAACUGAGGAAUGUAAUUGACAAGCUGGCCCAGUUUGUUGCCCGAAAUGGACCAGAGUUUGAAAAGAUGACAAUGGAGAAACAGAAGGACAACCCUAAGUUCUCUUUCCUUUUUGGAGGAGAGUACUUCAGCUACUACAAGUGCAAGCUUGCUAUGGAGCAACAGCAGCAUCCCUCUACCCGCGAUGGGGAGGAGUAUAAAUGUGAAGAUAUGUACAACCCUGGUGCAAAGGAUUUAGUCGACAUCCCUCCUCCACCAAUAACGAUGAUUGCUCCACCUCCAGUCCCUCCUCAAGCUACACCCUCUAUUGAUGAGAUGAUUCAGCAGAGCCAGUGGAAUCUGCAGCAGCAAGAGCAACACCUACACACACUCAGACAGGAACAAGUGACUGCAGCCAUUGCUUUGGCUAUGGAGCAACAGACUCAGAAGCUUCUGCUGGAAACUCAGUUGGACAUCACAGAGUUUGACAACCUGCUGCAGCCCAUCAUAGACACCUGCACCAAAGAUGCCAUCUCAGCUGGUAAGAACUGGAUGUUCAAUAAUGCCAAGACUCCACCGCACUGUGAACUGAUGGCAUCCCAUCUUCGCAACCGUAUUACUGUUGAUGGCUCACAUUUUGAGCUCCGUCUACAUCUCAUCUACUUAACCAACGAUGUUCUGCAUCACUGUCAGCGAAAGCAGCAGAAGGAUUUGUUGGCAGCGCUGCAGAAGGUUGUUGUUCCCAUCUACUGCACCAGCUUUCUUGCUGUGGAGGAAGAAAAGCAACAGAAGAUUACCAGGUUGCUGCAGCUUUGGGAGAAAAAUGGCUACUUUGAUGAAGAGACCAUUCAGCAACUCCAGAAUCCAGCACUGGGCCUUGGCCAGUACCAGGCGUCCCUGAUAACGGAAUAUGCUGCAGCAGUGCAGCCUAUUCAGCUGGCUUUCCAGCAGCAGAUCCAGUCUUUGAAGACACAGCAUGAGGAGUUUGUUGUUAGUCUGAAGCAGCAGCAGCAGCCUGCCCCAGUAGGACCAUUGCCUACCCCCGCUGAACCUGAUAAGGCUCCACCAAUGACCACACCAGCUGGAGAUGUGAAGCCCCCCAUGUCAGGUCCUCCCCCAGGAGACUUUGAUGGAGCUGCAUCCAGACCACAGGACUCAAAUAACUCCAGUGGACCCUCAGAUAUCCCUCCCAACAAACCUGCGUGGUAUGAUCCCCAGCACGUUGGACCCUGGAACCCCAACCAGCCGCCUCCUUUUGACCCAAACCAGCCCCCCCCUCCUUGCCCUCCAUGGAACAGCCAUGAGGGGAUGUGGAAUGAGCAGAGGGACCCAGGAAACUGGAGUGGUGGUCCUCCAAGAGAAGGAGGCCCAUGGAGCGGCCCAGGUGGGUCUGACCCUGGCCCUCAAUCAUGGAAUUCAUUUGAACAGCAGCCGCCAUGGGGGAACCAGGCUGACCAGCCUCCCUGGGGUCAGAGGGAACCCCCAUUUCCUCCACGCAUGCAGAGGCCACCACAUUUCAGAGGACCUUUCCCUCCCCACCAACAACCACCUCCUUUCAACCAGCCGCCCCCACCACCACAUGGUUUUGGACGCUUUCCUCCACGUUUUAUGCAGGAAGACUUUCCUCCCAGACACCAUUAUGACAGACCGUACACUCCACAUCGUUUUGACUAUGCCCAAGGAGAUUUUCCUGGAGACAUGCCAGGUCCUCCUCCCCAUCACCAUCCCAGUCAGAGACUCCCUCCACCAGGUAUGGGAGCUGAGCAUCCUCCCUGGGGUGCAGGCCAACACCCAGAGUUUGGCCCACCCCCACAUGGCUUCAAUGGUCAUUCUCCCCACAUGCGUCAUCGGCAGCCUCCAGUUCAGGAUGAUCCAAGUCUGGUACCCAAUGUACCAUACUUUGAUCUGCCGGCUGGUCUCAUGGCUCCACUGGUCAAACUUGAGGACUGUGAUUACAAACCACUGGACCCCAAAGACAUCCGUCUGCCCCCUCCCAUGCCACCCAGUGAUCGACUGCUUGCUGCCGUAGAAGCUUUCUACAGCCCUCCUUCCCACGAUCGGCCCAGAAACAGUGAAGGGUGGGAGCAAAAUGGCCUGUACGAGUUCUUCAGAGCCAAGAUGAGAGCCAAAAGAAAAAAAGAUCAGGAGAAACGAAACAGUGGUCGUGGAGGCAGUCGCUCCAGGAGUCGUUCUCGCAGCAGAGGGAGGUCUUCUUCUCGCUCCAGUUCACGCUCCUCAAAGUCAUCCAGGUCGCGAUCCCGUUCAUCCCACUCCCGCAGCCGCUCUCGCUCCUACUCACGAUCCAGAUCCAGGAGCCGCUCCAGGUCAUCUCAGAGUCGCUCCGGCUCAGGCUCCAGAUCACGUUCGCGUUCACCUACCAGGCGACGUCGUGGUGCUAAAUCCCGGAGCGCCUCCCCUUCCUCCACCGCUGGGUUGGGAACGGCAUCUUCUAAACUGUCUGCCGAUAACCGGUUAGGGGAAGAGAAUAAGGGCCACCAGCUGCUGAUGAAGAUGGGUUGGAGUGGUUCAGGUGGACUGGGGGCCAAAGAGCAAGGCAUCCAAGAUCCUAUCAAAGGAGGAGAUGUCAGGGAUAAAUGGGACCAGUACAAAGGUGUGGGCGUCUCACUGGAUGACCCUUAUGACAACUAUCGCAGGACGAAGAGCUACAACUUUGUUGCUCGCAUGAAGGCAAGAGAGGAAGUCAACCGAGAACCACAGGAAUCUCCAUCAAAUGAAUGAGGGAUUCAAACAGCAUCAUCCACUAAUUAGCUCAUCUUCCUGGUCACCACUUUCACCAGGAAUCUGAAGAUCACUGUUUUUCUUCCAGGAUUUUAGUCACCAUUCCCAGAUCUUUUCCACCUUCCCAUAAAGCAGAGUGAUGAUAUAAUUUCAACCUUCUUGUUUAGCUUGAUAGAGAGCAGAGACUUGUUCCUCUUUGAAUAAAUUUGAUGUUCAGGUUUGUGAACACUGACUCACUGAAAUCAGCAGAUACACAGAAACUGGUCUGAUCGACUAGAUCAUUCACAGCCGUCACAUCUUCUUUCACUUAGUUUCAUGUUUUCAGUUGCUGAAUGAAAAGUGUCAGACUUUCUUCCUUUCAUCAGCAGAUGACACAAGGUUCAGACUGCACCUCAACGUCUGAUACUUUCCAUAGAAAACUCUGCACAGCAUCUCUGUAAUUCAUGUACAUACCUGAAUGAAGUAAUGUCACUCUUACAGUUAAUUUUACUCUUAUAGUUUGAAAGUGAUCCAUGAGAUUGAACCGAAGCUGAACCUUCAGAGGAAACUUAGUAACACAUGGUGGCUUCCUUUCUAAAUUGUGGUUUUAAUUGCUUAUUGUUGUCAAAUUGUUUCAUGUGAUAACUUCAUCACUAUGUAAAUCUGUCAUUUUGGUUGUAGUAAAACAAGCCAUAAAUGGGA